AUGUCCUCGUGGAUAUCACGGGCGACCGAGUCUCGCAAUGCUCAGCUUAUCACUACGGCCGCUGUAUCUGGCUUCGUAGUAGCGACUGCGAUACUCGGCUUCCAGAAGGCAAGGCGCAUGACUAGGAUCGCAGACCUCAAGGCCUCAAUACCUGAGGUGGGCGAUGCACAUCAUGCUCAAAGAUUGACAGAAUACGGUGCCGCGUCGAACGUCUUCGCCCCCAGCAAGGAAGAUGAGCGCAGCGUGGAAUUAGCAGCAAGAGCAAGGAAAGGCGACUAUGACGACGCCCUUAUACUCGAACAACUUGCUAGAAACCGCGUCUUCCUCACAGAUCCCGGGCUCGCAAAAUUGCGCGAAGCCUUCGUCGUCGUCGUGGGUUGUGGCGGCGUUGGGUCCCACGCAACUGCAGCCCUCGCCCGCGCAGGAUGCUCCAAACUCCGCCUCAUCGACUUUGAUCAGCUCACCUUAUCAUCCUUGAACCGACACGCCGUAGCUACCUUGGCCGAUGUAGGCACGCCGAAAGUGCACUGUCUACGGAAACGCCUCGAGCAAAUCGCACCCUGGACACACUUUGAAUGCUGGAACGACUUGUUCAGCGAGCAGAGUGCGCAAGCGCAGCUAGCGGAUUUGAAUGGGCAGAAACCGGACUUUGUAAUUGAUGCUAUCGACAACAUUGAUAGCAAGGUCGCGCUGCUAGCGUACUGCUACAAUAACGAUAUCAAGGUCAUCUCAUCCAUGGGCGCCGGCUGCAAGUCCGAUCCCACGCGCAUCUUCAUUGGCGACAUUUCCGCAAGCACUGAUGACCCCCUAUCGAAAUCCACAAGGAGAAAACUGCGAUUACGGGGCGUUAAAGAUGGCAUACCGGUUGUCUUCUCGACAGAGAGGCCAGGGCCAGGCAAGGCCGAGCUCCAACCGCUCGCCGAAGACGAGUUUGCAAAAGGCAGCAUUGGUGAACUCGGCGUCCUUCCAGAUUUCCGCGUGCGGAUCCUCCCUGUCGUGGGCACCAUGCCAGCCAUCUUCGGCCUCGCGGUAGCAAACUUCGUCAUCCUGUCUAUUGCUGGCUAUCCGCAAGAACCCUUGCCCUCCAAAUCUCGCGACAAGAUGUACGAUGGCAUUCUAGGCGCUCUGCAAGGUGCGGAGGAACGACUUGCACGGGCCCUGUACGUUGACGACGCAAAAAGCCUCAAGAUCCCCAUUACACAAGACGACGUUGGCUAUCUCGUCGAAGAAGUGUACAAUGGGCGGAGCAUCGUCAGUGGCUUGUCAACGCGCCUUGUCCUCGCUCGCUGGAACAAGCCGACCCAAAACUUCGUCGACCAGAAUACACCAGGCCAAAAGCACAGCUUGCUGAAGAUGAAUGAACUCGUUCUCAUGACGAAAGAGGAGGCGGCAAAGCACGAGAAGGAAAUACUAAAGGGCGAUAAGAAGCUGGAGGAAGUAUAUGAUGCUGAGACGAUCGAGAGGGUCCAUAAGAUGAUGCAGGAGGAGGAGAGGUAUGAGCGGUUUAGGUAA